UUAAUCCCUACCCCCAGGGUCAAGUAGAGCCACGCCAUUUAGCCGGCUAGUAUUUUGUGCCCAAAUAUUGUCACCCACUUUGGUGCUUUGAACUCCUGUAAACAGUCAAUAACUCCAACCCCGUGUUUAUAUUGAGGGGCACGUUGUUUCCCUCUCUUCUACCUGCAAGUUCUUGGCAUCACAUGUUCCCCCAGCGGGCUCAAGGGUGUCGCUGUUUGACUUGGAACAAUAAGAGACCCGUUGAGUGCUGUAAAAGUUGAGAUCGGUUUGAUAGCGGUGGGCGUGUACCAGCCGAUGCCGGGCCGACUCCUCUUGGUGCAACACUUUGAAGGGUUUACUCUUAGAUACCGUCAAGUGAAUUAACGGACCAGAUCAGAGGGGUAUAUUGCGUGUGCUUUGCUGCGUCAAUAGACAUUCUUGGCUGAGACGAAUAACCAUGGAGUUACGCUGCUGUGUCCUGCUUGUCUUACUUUCAUCAGCUAUCUCAUUUUGCAAGGGAACUCUGAUCAUUAACUGUGAUUUUGAGAAUGAGGCCGACCCAAUGUGUGGCUUCUACAAUGUCUACACUGACGAUGCAGACUUCAAGAGGUCGAGUGGUGCCAGCUCUGGACCCAUGGAUUCCUCCCCAGGAUUCGAUCACACCUACGGAAACGACACGGGUCAUUUUCUUGACACCGACAUAACAACCUUCGGCUUAGAUACCCCCGUGGCCAGCGUCAUUAGCCCUUCUGUGCUCAUCCAAUCCGGCACAACUAAACUGUGCCUCGAAUACUACAUCCACAUGUUCGGCACGGCACUGGAAUCUCUGCACGUGUACAAGAAGGUCAGUGGAGUGGAGACAUCGAUUUAUAACGACACUGGAACUUUGGGUGAUGUCUGGCACCAUCGGCAGGUUGAGAUUGAUGUCAGUAGCUCUUCGGGCAGCUCCAGUAUUCAGGUGAUCUUCCAAGCUAACAUCAGUUGGGGUGUGCGUGGCGAUAUAGCCUUGGAUGACAUAAAGCUGUCUCUUGCUCAGUGCAAUUUUGGUCUCGAAGAAACAACACAGGCCCCCCCGCCAACAACUCCUGUCAUCCCCCUGGACUCCUAUGAUUGUACCUUUGACGAUCUUAACCAACGUCAGUGUACGCCGAAACCUAACAGUCGUAACGACUUCGAUUGGGUGUUCAGGCAAGCUUUUAACACACCCAACCAAGGACCCAUAUAUGAUCACACAACGUCUACAUCUUCAGGGAUAUACCUUUACGUCCCUCAAGACUCUAAUCAAGGCAAUGACCAGGAAUACGGCGAGUUUCGCACAGCUUUACUGCAACCAGCGUUCCAAGUGAAAUGUUUACAGUUUUUCUAUUACAUGAGAGGAAACCGAGUUGGUAACCUCAAUGGCUAUGUUGUGCGGGAUGGCGACGCUGCACCAAUCCACAUACCGUUUAACAAGACCGGGGAUCAGGGAGGUUACUGGCACCGAGGAUUACUGGAUAUCUACCCAACUUAUGCCAAUUACCGGAUUGCAUUUGAGGCAAGUCGAAGUCGAGAUUAUGAUGGCUGUAUUGCUGUUGAUGAUCUUUUGCUCAUGGAUGGCAGAUGUCCAAUGGAGGAGGUCUUUUGUGACUUCGAGUCCCUCCACAUCUGUUAUUUCACCCAAGAUCGUACGGAUGACAUGGAUUGGACCGUAGGCAAUGGAAACACACCAAGCUAUCAAACAGGGCCAUCUUAUGACCACACCUAUGGAAAUAGCUCAGGUAAUUACAUGUAUAUAGAGACCUCAUCCCCGGUCAGAUUGGGUCACGUUGCACGGCUGAUCUCCCCGCCCGUCACCGAGACUCACGGCCGUGCCCACUGCCUGAUCUUCUGGUACCACAUGUACGGCCAACACAUUGACGCCUUGAAUGUGCUGCAGGCCAACGCAUCCACUCCCACUCAGCGGAAACUCAUCUGGACGCUGUCCGGCAACCGGGGCGACAAGUGGCGGGCAGCCGAAGUGCAUGUCCAGAGCAGCCUGGAUUUCCUAAUCAUAUUUGAGGCAUUCCGAGGCACCAGUUACCAAGGUGACAUUGCCAUUGAUGAUGUUCAUAUCACGUCCACCGAAGGCUGUCCGGGAGAAGCUGGAUUGAAGAACUACUCCAGUAUCACAUGCGACUUUGAAGAAAUUGAGAUCUGCUAUUACAAGCAAGAUUCAUCAGAUGAUUUUGACUGGACAUGGCAAAAUGGAGCAAGCCAGGGACUUACAAGUACAGGGCCGGGAGAAGACCAUACGACCAACAGCCCACUCGGGUUUUACAUGUACAUCCAGGAGGACUACAACGAUAUCCCAGGGGGAACAGCUCGGUUGAUGUCCCCGGAAGCCAAGGUACAACCUGUCCCGUCCUGCUUGGAGUUCUGGUAUCACAUGUUUGGUCGGGAUAUCGAGUCGCUGCAGGUCUACAUGAAGAAGAGCAGCGACACAGAGCUUCCUGAUGACCCUGUGUGGAGCAUGACUGGGAAUAAGGGAGACUAUUGGCACAGAGCCACGAUUGAUGUCCCCGUGACACCAUACACUUUCAGCUUCAUCUUUGAAGCAACCCGAGGCCAGACAUUCCGAGAUAAUAUAGCGAUAGAUGAUGUCACAUUCUAUGAGGGGGAUGACUGCCCACCAUUCACCACCAGUGCACCAAUCCCGACGACCACGCCGAUACCCAUUGCAUCCAGUUUGGCAAACUGCGAUUUUGAAGAUGUGAACAACACAAUGUGUGGCUACACACAGUCAAUCCAUGAUGAAUUAGAUUGGUCACAUGGGAGUGGAUGGCCAGUUGGAGCUGACAACACUCUGGGAACUGCUGACGGUCAUUACCUGUACAUCAACACUCAUUCCUAUUACCAGCGGAGUGGUGACAGGGCUGACCUUUACUCGCCCCUUCUCAUGAGCUCGGACAUACCCCAGUGCCUGGAGUUUUACUACUACCUGAGCGGUUAUCGAUCAGACUUUCUCAUGGUCUACCUGACUGGCUGGGGUCAAACCCUGGCUAUUGAUCCUCUCUUCUCUGUAUUCGGGGACCAGGGAGACAAGUGGAACAUGGCUCAAGUGGAGAUACCGCCUAUGAACUCAAACUUCCAGAUUGUUUUUGAGGGAAUGUACAGCUAUUACGCUGAUGUCGCCAUUGAUGAUAUUAAUAUCACCAUGGGGGCUUGUCCAAAGACUACGGCUCAACCAAAUCUGGUGGAUGGAAGUUGCGACUUUGAAUCAGGCUUGAAGGCUUGCAACUAUGUACAUAUGAGAUACUAUGACUUCUAUUGGCAGGAACACAGUGGUGCUACGGCGUCAAAGAACACUGGUCCAAGAGUAGAUCAUACCACUGGAACUGAGGAAGGAAAGUACAUGUACAUUGAAGCUUCGCUCCCCCAACGCCCCGCCGAUCGAGCUCGUAUCAUUACUCCCGUGAUGUACCACACAGCAGGCGUGGCAAAAUGCAUGUUGUUUUACUACCAUAUGAAUGGAGCCAACGUGGGCAAGAUCAACAUCUAUUCAUACAUCGAAUCACGAGAGAUACUGCUGAUGUCACUGGUGGGUAGCUCCAAGGAUAGGUGGCGUCCUGCUGGUGUGGACUUGACCAACAUGGCCCAACGAUUUCAGAUUGUGUUCGAAGGAGUGGUUGGUUAUGGCGUAGAAGGUGACAUGGCCAUCGAUGACAUCAGCAUUCGUUUGGAACCCUGCAUGGGCUUUGCCAAGGAGGCAUCGACCAAUUUUGAAAUGCCAGGCGAUCUGAACGGAUUUCACCAGUACUGGGAAAACGACACUUAUUGGUUGUGGUUUGAUCAGUAUAACAAAGACUCAACACUCCCAGAUGAACUGUUGGCAGGUGAUGGCUCCUUCAUGUACAUCGACGGCACUUUUUUCCAACCCAAAACCUGGGCUACCAUGCUGACGCCGAUCAUGGCCGGUCAUGCCAUAGAGCACUGCCUGGACUAUGACUACGCCAUAUACAAGGAUGCCGAGCUGAUGGUGUCUGUCUGGCAAAAGGGAGGUCUCACCUACGACUUGACGAUUAAAAAAUAUGCAACGGCGUGGACCCAUGAACGCAUAACUCUGACCAAGGCCCAAGUUGGCGAAGACUUUAUGCUUUUCUUCACUGGUAAACUUGGUUCUGAAGGCACCGGUUACGUCGCCAUAGAUAAUCUGGUGGUUCGGGAAAACAGCUGUAGUGAACUUGCAGAGCCAGGGGAGCCCGGAGCCCAAGCCUCUUCGGGUUCCGUCGCUACCGCCACCAUCCUGGGAAUUCUCCUGGGUGUAGCCCUGGCAGUUAUCAUCAUCGGUGUCCUGUACUUCGUCCGUCGUCAGAGGAUGAUGCCCAAGGAUAUUCCUGCAGUGCGGUACACCAACGAGACUGACACCAAUGAAAACAAAGAGAUCUCACUGGCUAAAGACCUCAGCAUCGCCAACCCCAGCUAUGAAAAUGCAACACUCCAGAGCCAUGCUUAGUGGAAAGCCUCGAAGAUCAAGAAAUUUGAAUGUGGUACAUGUAGAUACCAAUUCAAUACAUCAAGUCUUCUUGACUGCCCUGGCCUCCACCUUGGUUGUCCCGACUCUGACCUUGUUAGCUGUCAGACGGCAAUUGUGAAGACUCACAGAUAAAUUACUCUCAAACCAAUUUUCCAAUCAAUAUCCAAAUAGUAUCAGUGGCGUUUGAAUUAUCAAAUGUCCAUACUGUAUACAUUAUUUUAUCAAUUUUGAGUUCGUUUCAAAACCUAUGAAAUUGUUAACCUUCUAUUGCUGCUAUUCAGUAUAUUGAUCAAAGUUCAAUUUACUCAAAAAUUGUGGGAGACCAAUAGCAGAAUGACACUGUAAAAACAGCAUUUUAGUUCCCAACUUGAAGGAAUUCCUAUCUUGAAGGAAUUCCCAUCAUGCAUUGCGCAUCGGGCAUAGAUUUAAUGCCUGUUCAAUAUUGGCACAAACUGAACAUUACUGCGAUCUUUUGAAGAUCAAAUAUUCAGCCUGCAGAUUUGCAAGCUGAAUACAUUUCAAGUCACACAAAUUUUGCUGCAAAUGUUGAACAGCGAAUUUCCUUGAGUUUUGCAUUCACCUGAACAUUUCAGAGUUACUUACGAGAGGAGAGUUGCCCUUCAAUUUGUGUAUUACUACAAUACUGAAUCCUGUGUUGAUAUUUUGAAAUUUCUGCAGUGACUGUUUAAUCCAAGUGUACAGAUUGGAGUUUUUGUUGCUUUCAAACAAAUUUUAAACAUAUAUCAGAUUUUUUAUAGGACUUCUUAUAGAGUAUUGCACAUAAAGCUAUGUAUCUCGUAACUGUGCCUCACCUGUAUUCCUCUUGAAGCUACAGCAUAUACACUGUGCUUCGAAUGAAGUUGUACAUGUAUACAUGGCCAUUUCAUGAAACAAAUUAUAUAGGGAAACUGACUAGGUGCUUACAAAUGAUGAUGAAGGUCAUCAAAGAAAUUGAGUGGAGCAGGAUUUGAACCUGCAGCCUGCGGAAUAUCGUACCAUACCAGUGUUCAAAUCCCACUCCAGUCAAUUUCUUUAUUUUUAUCAUCAUCCCAUUUCAUUUAGACUUUGUGUUCUUUUGGGUUGUAAUACUUAGCUGCUUAAUCUGUAACAUGAAGAUAUAAUUGAAUAUCUGAAUUCAGUUUUGAAAUCGAGUGUAAAUUGGACAUGGGAAGAUAAAAAAAAACUGCACAGAGAGAAGUAAGAAGACCAUUCAGGCAGAUUGGAAUGCACGCAACAUUUAAUAUGCUAAAGUUAAAUACCACGUGUGAUAUGUACAUGAACGCACAGUCGUCACUUUGGUGACAAAGACAACCAAUUCUAAAGCUCUGAAAACUACCCUAGAGAUCCAGUAAAAAUGUGAAGUAGCCUCAGCUGAGGGUAUGAUCCAGCAAUGAGUGUGGUUCUAACCAUUGGUCAAUACCAUCCCUUUCUGGCCAAGGCAAGUUACUCUUUUUUUUGCAAACACCUUCAUCGUUCCUAUUGCUACUCUCCCCACAUCCAGUCUCUGCCAUCUUGUUCA